AACGCUGCGUGUCAUAAGCGGAGCUGUCCUCGCUAUCACGCACGACGUUAGGAGUUCCCUCGCUUACACCGUGAAAACGCCCCUCUACUCUCCUCCUAGCCCUUCCCCGACCAUAAGCCAUCCCUGCCGGCUUGUGCCUGUCUGCUGUCCCAGCCUGCAGGGCUACAUCUCCCGCGGCAGAGAAAAGGCGCAUCUGGGGCGGUGGCGGCGUCCGUCUUCCAGUUUCCUGCAAUCUCAAUGAUCAGGAUCCGGACCGAAGCUUGACACCCGGACCUGACAGGACAGGACUGCAAUCCAUUUCAAUGACAACAGAGAAGGCUUUGGCUGGGGAAAUGAAGAGCGCAAUGGAGGGUGACGCCAGAAGAACCAAUCAGGUUCCAGAGGACCAUGCCGAGGAUGAUAGCUCAGAGAAGACCCCCAGCAAAGCCUCCAAAUCACCACAGAAAACCACCAAGCGGCCCAAGACUGUCCCUGUCAAAGUCACUCUACUCGACGGCUCAGACUAUGAGGCUGCAGUUGAGAAAUUUGCCAAGGGCCAGACCCUGCUGGACAUGGUGUGUGGCCAUCUGAACCUGCUGGAGAGGGACUACUUUGGCCUGACUUUCCAGGACACGGACAACUCCAAGAAUUGGCUUGAUCCCUCCAAAGAGAUUAAGAAGCAAAUUCGGGUUGGUUCCUGGGUCUUCGGAUUUUCUGUCAAGUUCUACCCUCCAGACCCGUCUGUGCUCAUCGAGGACAUCACCAGGUACUACCUGUGCCUGCAGCUGAGGGACGACAUGCUGUCCGGUCGUCUGCCCUGCUCGUUUGUCACUCACGCCCUUCUGGGCUCUUACACCGUCCAGGCUGAACUGGGAGACUACGAGCCCGAGGAACAUGGCCCCGACUAUGUCAGCGACUUCCGCUUUGCGCCCAACCAGACACGUGAGCUGGAGGAGAGAGUGAUGGAGCUGCACCAUAACUAUAGGGGAAUGAGUCCAGCAGAGGCAGAGGUGAACUUUCUAGAAAAUGCCAAGAAGCUCUCAAUGUAUGGAGUGGACUUGCAUCAUGCUAAGGAUUCAGAAGGAAUUGACAUAAUGCUCGGCGUGAGCGCCAACGGUCUGCUCAUCUACCGAGACCGUCUAAGGAUCAAUCGAUUCGCCUGGCCAAAAAUCCUCAAGAUCUCCUAUAAAAGAAGCAACUUCUACAUCAAGAUCCGCCCAGGAGAGUAUGAACAGUUUGAGAGCACCAUAGGCUUCAAGCUGCCCAACCAUCGGGCCUCAAAGCGAUUGUGGAAGGUCUGCAUUGAGCACCACACCUUCUUCAGGUUGGUUUCCCCAGAGCCGCCCCCCAAGGGUUUCCUGGUGAUUGGCUCCAAGUUUCGCUACAGUGGGCGGACCCAAGCCCAGACCAGACAGGCCAGUGCUCUGAUCGACAGGCCUGCCCCACAGUUCGAUAGGUCCGUUAGCAAGAGGUACAUGUUGCCUCGAAGCAUUGAUGGAGCCUCAGCUCUAGGUGACAGUAUGGACCAGCUGUCCCAGCGAAGCUCCAGUGAACGCACACAGUUCAUGUCCAGAGAAGACCUGGACCAAGAGGGAAGCCUGGACCUGGACCACGAACAGUACCACUAUCAGGACCAGGACCAGGACCAGUACACAGAUCAGGAGCUAGAGCAGCAUGACCUUCACGACCACGAUCAGUUUCAGAAGUAUACUCGGGGUGCAAACAUCUCAACUCCCACAAAGACUUUGGAGCUCAAGGGUGAGGAGGCAGGCUCGCCUGUAGACUCAAAACCAGAGGAUCUGGCCACCCCGCGGCCAAAACAGGAGCAGUUCUUGGAUAAACCAGAGGAUGUUCUACAAAAGCACCAGGCCAGCAUCAAUGAGCUGAAGAGGGCUCUGAGGCAGCCCAAUAGCAAGAUGGUCCAGAGGGAGAAGCGCCUCUCCUCAGCUACCCCUCCUGGAGGAACCCCCGAGCGUAAACCAGAGACACCUCCCACACCUGCUAUUCAUGAGGAGCCUCUCAACGAAGCUUCAAGGGAACCAUGGGAGAGACGUCUGGGCUCUGUCUCCGAGGAUGACCAGGACCAUGAGAUCCUGUACCUGAAGGAAACCCACCUGGGCAUUGAGCGCAAAUGUUCCAGCAUCACGGUCAGCUCCACGUCCAGUUUGGAGGCCGAAGUAGAUUUCACUGUCCUCACGGACCUGCACACGGGCAUGGAGGAGUUCUCCAGGGGAAUGUCAGAGCUUGGAGACAGGGAUCUGUCACCUGAUGGUGGUCUGUGCUUUGGCAUCGACCUGCUCCAGCAGCAGGGCCCAUCUGAACCGCCUUCUCCAUUAGUGUCAGCUCCUCUGUCCAGAGGAGCCAGCAGCAGCCCUCCAGCCAAACAUAUCCAGACUGAAGAAGUCCGACCAGAGGUCAAACGGUCCGAUGUGCAGCCUGUAGUUCCCAAAAAACCAAAGAGGUCGGUGCCAGUGUCAUCGUCAGGGGACAGAGAACAGUCGCACAGAGAAGCCGGUCGGGCAUCUGCCAUCACGCCACUGAGCAGGGAGGCCAGUGAUGUCAUGCCCACACCAACAGUGAGGAAGACAGAUGUCAGGACAGAGACUCAGCCCAACGGGUCAGAGGUCACCACGACCAUUGUGGAGUUCACAGAUCAGGAUCACAGCAUCACUGGCUUAAGUGAAGUUUCUUACUCUACAAGACAGAGUGUAUCCCCUGUGCACAUGGGCAGUCUGGGAAGAGAGACGUCCGGGUCGCCCAUCCUCGUCACUGAAAACGUUACCUCAGCAACCACUCACGUUACCAAGACGGUGAAAGGAGGAUACUCAGAGACCAGGAUUGAGAAGAGGAUCAUAAUCACAGGAGACGAUGAUGUAGACCAGGAACAGGCUCUGGCUAUAGCAAUACAGGAAGCCAAGCAGCAGCAUCCUGACAUGCAGGUGACCAAGGCAGUUGUUGUCAGGGAAACGGAAUCGUCCACUGAGGAUCGACACGGUGCAUCAGAGUCCUGAUUUCCUGAGACGAGAGUGCCCCCCUUUGGACCAGAAGUGUCAGUGCCCGACUUGAAAUUGCCAUCCACCAUCCCUACUGAUAGACUACUGCCAGUGGGGCUCAAAUGGAGCCUCUUGUACACAUUCACACACACAGACUUUUUUUUUUUUCAUUUAAACAUUUCACUUUUAAAAUCAUUCAUUCCAGAAAGUCUUUGGGCGGCCAUGCACCAAAAAAAGAAUAAACAUCGUUCAUGGUCCUUGAUUGGUCGCCAAUAUGCCGCCAGAAAUCCAAACAUCUGGAACAAUUAAAGAGAUAAUCCAACUAAAUUCCCUGCUAACCUUAAGUAUUCCUCAAAGGUCAAAGGGAAUUAGUGCAGUAGGGGUUUGUUAAGAUAAUCUGUGCACUCGUUCACACUGUGGAAUAAUCCAAGGUCACGUGCCAUGUUGGUACCUAUCCCAUGCAGAAAGCAUCAUUUAGAAAACAGGAAUAUGAGAAAAAACAUGUCAUGAACGUCGUCUUCUAUGUCUGUUCUGCUGUAUUGAAUCACAUGAAUCAUCAGAUUCCUGCUGUGUGUGCUGAAAAAACCUCCUGUGUGUGCUUACACUUUGUCAGGAGAACCCAUUAUGUGUAUACAUGUGUACUGUUAAAGCAUCCAGUGAAGCAGGGUUUAUUGAGAGCCGGGCAAAUCCUACUUUUUAGUUUUUACUCUUGCAUAACCAGUCACCAUGAACAAAUGAGCUUCGCCCCACCCCCAGAUCACAUUGACUAAUGAGGAUGCACUGAGUGGAAAGCAUCAUGUGUCCUCCAGUGGUGUUUAUUCGAUUGUUUGUAAAGAACCAAAGUCGGCGCUAGUCUGAUCACAUAACUUCCCUCUCUCUGUUUCUACCUUAAAGAUUUUACUUCUGUAAAAUGUAUUUUACCAUGAUGUGUGAGUGGCAUGUAUGAAAGGAUAUGAUUCGAGUUUCCUCCUCAUAAUGGACUUCGAUUAGACUUUUUGACAAUUUCUGUGUGCGUGUCUGGACAUUAGGAGCUAUUAAUACACACAGUGUACCUGUUGUAUUUAUUUACAUGGUGGCGAUGUAGUUUCUGAGCAUGCUGAUGUUUCAGAAUGACCCCAGUUCCUCUCCUUUCCCAGCCUUUAGAUUUGCUUUCAGAAUUCAGCUGGAUAGAAUACCACUUUGGCCAUAUUGUGUAGUAAGUACAUAGAGUAGGCUCGCACCCUUGUUCAAGUCACAGAAUGGGCUGCUGAAUCAGUAAAACUAGUAUUUGAGAUUAUGUUUGCAUGAUAAUUUCUUGCAUUAUUGGAUUGUAAUUGAAUAAUAUGGAUAUGGAUAUGGACUCAUAAGGAGGAUGGAUCAUAAUAUUUAGGUUAAUGAAAGAAAUCACAAAGAUGUAAAGGCUGAAUAUUUCACAAUCUCAAGUAAAAUCUGAGCUCUGAAAUUCAAAAAAGGAAAUGAAGCUUCCUGACAGGAAAUUAAGGGUAUUCAUUAGAAAAAGUUGGAAAUAUCAAGCGCAUAAUUCAUUCAGUUUUGUUCAUUCCAAGAUCCAGUGACAAUACAAUGGCUACAGUUUCCUCCUUCCGUUACAGCCCCUUUAACAGUUUCAUCUCAUUUCAAACCACUGGUGCUGUUCAAUAUCUCUGACAUAUCAGUUUGCUUUUAAUUUAAUUUUCCUGUAAAGGAACAUGAAGUAGGCCUGUCGUGCCUGCAUUCAGUUUUUCCACUGCUGUUUAUUGUACAACAAAUUGCCUUCAUCUUUCAACAUAGCCUGCAGAAAUGGUAUUAUGCAUCUGAGCCCUUCCAGUACUCUUUCAAGCAAAGUACAGUGUUAUAAAUAAACUAUACAGUAGGAGCAGCAUCUCGGAACUUGUAGUUUUGUGUGAUCUGGUACAUGAAUGUUAGAGGGAUGCCAUAGACAUGUAGUGUGCCAAUUAAGGUAGCGGUCAAAUUGUAUAAACUCUGAUUUUGUAUGAAAAAAACUUUAUAUGAACAAGCUACUUUUAAUUACUGUAGUGCCAGAAAGUCAAUUCCAUAAACUUGACAUGGCAAGGUUUCCCUUUAAUUAUGGUGUGUUUAACAUAACCUGCAAAAUUUCUGUCUCCUUGCAAAAGUCCUAUUUUAUAUAUAAAUCAAUGCAAGCUGCUGCAAGUUCACUCAAUUGAGACAAAAACAAUGUUAAAACUGUCAUGUCAGGUUUAUGAGGGUAUCACUGAGGUAUAACUGGCUUUCGAACACUAAACUUAACUGUCAACGUUCACAUGUGUAGUGUAAUUCCCGUUGUGUUUCAUAUUUAGGUUCCAAAAUCCUUUGAAGUGACGGUUAAAUCAUGGAUGUGGGUGUCAAACUGGAAGGUGGAAAAAAAAAUAACACUGCAGACAUGCAUACCUUGUACUUUAUAUUUGGUGCCGUUUGGUGGAUUGUGAAGACGUAAAGUAGUUAAUGGACAUGGGCUUGAUGUACACUAGGGGGCACCCGUUACCUAAAAGAAGAGAGCUUUGCAACAACAUCGAGCAUACGCAGCUGAAAUCCUUCUCACCUUUCUUCACAUAGGGGGGUUAAAUUAUUCAAAUCAUCCUUGGA